AUGACUGACUUGGAUGUCCAGACAUGGGGUACUGGUGUAAGAAGGGCGGAAACACUUGCGCAUGCGCUCAAUCACUGUCCUCCCAACCUUGACAACAAAGUCAAAGAACGACAUAACAAGGCUUUGGAGAGGAUUACAACAGCAAUCAAGCCCAGCAUGGUGAAUCGGGACAAGACCUCACAAAUAGAUAACAGUCCAGCGGAUAUGGAGAUCCUACAGAGGCCGGACAUCAUUCUUAUGGACGACAAAAACAGGCGAAUCGCGGUAGCUGAUGUAGCUAUUGUGUUUAAAGACUACCAGAAAAAUUCCUUUGGAUCAGUUCGUCUCCAGAAAGAAGAAAUGUAUCAAAGCCUCAAGACUUACUAA